AUGUACGCGGUAUUUUCAGCCCUUGACUUCGCCAUACACAGCAUUAUCACGAACUACACCAAUCUCUCUGCGGCAGUUUUGUGGAUGCUGGAUUAUGUCCAGACCUUAGCGGAUGAGAUCAAGGUCGGUUGGUCAAAUAAGCUGACCGCGACUGGAGCGCUAUACUUCUUAAACCGUUACGCCUUCGGAGUAUACCUCGCUCUAACACUGGCGAUCGCCAGCCCUGGCUCUGCAACAGAUGCAAGAGUUUAUGCCUUGUGUAGGCGCAAUAACGUCGUUUUGUACGUGGCAUCGACUCUGAUCCUCGCAAGAUUUGGCGUCGAUAUCUGGGAAUGUUACUUAUCUGCACGGAUAUCAUCAGAUGGAACCCAGUAUGAGGACUUCUCCAGGUGCAUCAGGGACCUCUCAGAUGGUGAUCUGUACGAGCGAGGUAUGUUUCGUUUGGCAUUCUAUGUGUUCAAUGAUGACCUCCUGGCGUCUUUCUUUUGUACGCCAGCCGGAGUAGCCUCCAUGGUCUUGACAUUAGCCUUCAACGCCUUCAUCUUCGGGAUAACAGUCGUCCAGACGUACUGGCACACUGUGGAGAUGCGCAAGUAUGGCCAGACAAGCGUGACUGAGAUUCUGCUUCGUGAUGGGAUCCUUUAUUUUCUAGUUGUAUCCGCAGUGUCAGUCGCAGGUGUCUCUCUACAUGUGACUUCUAUACUACAGGGCGCCUCACACAACGCAUCAUUGUUAGCAGAAAGCCUCGCACCCUACUUUGCCGUGCUUCCCAACCUUCUCAUCAACCGCCUCUUCCUCAAUCUUCGGUCAUGGCAUCUACCCCAGACUUACCAGGACUCCAAGCAUGUCUUUGCGAAAGCCGAACUGCCGCUUACCCAUUCAGAGGGCAGCAUGGGUGCACCCCUCCGGGACUCGAAUUGGUACAGCCUUAACUUUAGAAACGAUGGACACAAUCUGGAAAGCCAUGUGAUGGGGGUUGAGGAGGGUUCAGAGACGAUAAUGCUGACAAGAGCUGAUGAAUACUGGACAAGUAUGGUCCCGGUGAGCCGCGACGGAGAGUAUACAGGCCAAGGGAAUGCUGACCCUACGAUGGCUACUUUCCGUAAGAGCAACUCAAAAUGA